AUGGUCGGUGCGCGGAGGAUGGGGCCCUGGGCCGUCCCGUGGAUGAUGCUCUGUCUCUUCUGCUUCCUGCCCCCUGCCAGGGCCCAGACGAAGAUCCCGCUGGAGACGGUGAAGUCCUGGGCGGAUGCCUUUGGUGGGGAGCUGUACUCCAUUGUGACUAAGUAUUCAGGCUCUCUCUUGUUGCAGAAGAAGUACAAAGAUGUGGAGCCAACUCUGAAGAUCAAAGAGGUGGAUGGCUUGGAGCUGGUGAAGAAGUUCUCGGAGCAGAUGGAAAGCAUGCUCCGCAGGAAGGUCGAAGCUGUCGAGAGGUUGGUGGAAGCAGCAGAAGACGCAGAUCUGAACCACGAGUACAACUCCUCACUGGAGUUUGAUUACUACAACUCUCUCCUGAUUAAUGAGAAGGAUGAAAAUGACAAUUAUGUGGAGCUUGGAGAUGAAUUCAUUUUGGAGCCAAAUGAGCAUUUCAAUAACCUGCUGGUGAACACAACAUACAGUGAUAUCCAGCUCCCCACCAAUGUCUACAACAAAGACCCUGCCAUCCUUAAUGGAGUUUACAUGUCAGAAGCCCUGAAUCCUAUUUUUGUGGACAACUUUGAAAGGGAUCCCACGCUGACCUGGCAGUACUUCGGCAGCUCCACUGGAUUCUUCAGGCUCUAUCCAGGGAUAAAAUGGUUACCAGAUGAGAAUGGAGUCAUCUCCUUUGACUGCAGAAACCGUGGCUGGUACAUCCAAGCGGCCACCUCUCCCAAGGACAUUGUCAUCAUUGUGGAUGUCAGUGGAAGCAUGAAGGGCCUGAGGAUGACCAUUGCCAAGCACACCAUUGUCACCAUUUUAGAUACUCUGGGAGAAAAUGACUUUGUCAACAUCAUUGCAUACAAUGAUUAUGUUCAUUUUGUUGAACCCUGUUUUAAGGGUAUCCUGGUCCAAGCAGACAGAGACAACAGAGAGCACUUCAAGCAGCUGGUGGAAGAACUGCAGGCAAAAGGAGUGGGGACUGUGAGCAAGGCUUUGACAGAGUCCUUCAAAAUUCUGCGGGAGUUCAGAGAAGCUGGUCAAGGAGGCUUGUGUAACCAAGCCAUCAUGCUGAUCACCGACGGAGCAGUGGAGGAUUAUGAAUCCGUGUUUGAAAAAUACAACUGGCCAGAUCGGAAGGUCCGGGUUUUCACUUACCUCAUCGGACGGGAGGUCACUUUUGCCCCCCAGGUGAAAUGGAUUGCCUGCAACAACAAAGGCUACUACACUCAGAUCUCCACGCUGGCGGAUGUCCAGGAGAACGUGAUGGAGUACCUGCACGUGCUCAGCCGUCCCAUGGUCAUCAACCACGACCACGACAUUAUCUGGACUGAGGCCUACAUGGACAGCGCGCUCUUUGCAUCUCAGGCUCAAAGUCUGUUGCUCAUGACGACAGUGGCCAUGCCAGUCUUCAGCAAGAAGAAUGAGACGCGAUCCCAUGGCAUUCUUCUGGGCGUGGUGGGCUCUGAUGUACCACUGAGGGAGUUGUUAAAACUUGCUCCACGGUAUAAGCUGGGUGUCCAUGGAUACGCCUUUCUGAACACCAACAACGGCUACAUCCUUUCACACCCAGACCUCCGUCCUUUGUAUAAGGAAGGAAAGAAACUGAAGCCUAAGCCGAACUACAACAGUGUAGAUCUCUCAGAAGUGGAGUGGGAAGACCAGGAGGAAAUACUGAGAACUGCCAUGAUCAAUGGGGAAACAGGCUACCUCUCUAUGGAUGUGAAGGUCCCUGUGGACAAAGGGAAACGAGUUCUUUUCCUCACCAAUGAUUAUUUCUUCACGGACAUCAGUGGCACACCCUUCAGCCUGGGUGUUGUGCUGUCCAGGGGACACGGGGAGUACAUUCUGCUGGGGAACACUUCAGUGGAAGAAGGUUUGCAUGACCUGCUCCAGCCAGACUUGUCUUUAGCGAAUGAAUGGAUUUACUGCAUCACCGACAUUGAUCCAGACCACCGCAAGCUCAGCCAGCUGGAGGCUGUGAUCCGUUUCCUCACUGGAGAGGACGCUGACCUGGAAUGUGAUGAGGAGUUGGUCCAGGAAGUGCUGUUUGAUGCAGUGGUCACUGCACCCAUGGAGGCCUACUGGACUACAUUAGCCCUCAAUAUGUCCAUGGACACUGAGGCAGGUGUUGAGAUGGCUUUUCUAGGCACUCGGGCUGGACUCAUGAGGAGUGCCCUCUAUGUGGGCUCUGAGAAAAUUUCCAACAGGAAAUUCCUGACACAGAAGGACAAGGAAAGUAUCUUCACUAUGGACCACUUCCCUCUGUGGUACCGCCGGGCGGCCGAGCACCCCCCCGGGAGCUUCAUCUACAGCAUUGUCUCGGAAGACGAUUCAGAGGGAGGUGACCUACCGCAAGUGGUGACCGUGAGCACGGCUGUGUCUGUGUCUGUGGAUGGGAAGAUGGGGAUUGCUGCAGCGGUGGGUGUGCAAAUUAAGCUGGAGUUGCUCCAACGCAAGUUUUGGAUGACCAUGCAACAGCCCAAUGACAGUGAUUGCAGUGCCUUCGACGGUGCCUGUCCUCUCAGCUGUCAGGAUGAUAUUCUGAAUUGCUUCCUCCUUGAUAACAAUGGCUUUAUACUUGUUUCCAAAAUACCUGAAGAGACUGGAAAAUUUUUUGGUGCAGUGGAUGGCUCAGUAAUGACCCAGCUGCUAAACAUGGGCAUGUUCAGGCGGGUGACCAUGUAUGAUUACCAGGCAAUGUGCAAAGUACCCUACCACCACCACAGCGGCGCCCGGCCCCUGCUCAGCCCAAUUUAUGCCUUUCUAGCUGCAGUGAAAUGGCUGAUAAGUGAUUUCCUCAUCUUCCUUUUGGAGUUUAACAUGAGUAGCUUCUGGCACUCAAACAACUUGGCAGAUGCCAAGGCUGUCUUCCAUCAUUCUCACAAGCACAAGAAACACGAUAUGUUGCAGCCCUGUGACACCGAGUACCCCGUUUUCGUGUACGAGCCGGCCAUCAAGGAGACCAACGGGCUGAUUGAGUGUGGAGACUGCCAAAAGAUGUUUGUGGCACAGCAGAUCGUCAGCAGUAACCUCCUGCUCCUCGUCACGGAUGCCGUCUGUGAUUGCAGCAUCUUCCCACCUGUCCCAAUGGACCCAAAAGAGGUCAAAUAUAACGCUUCAGUGAAGUGUGAACGGAUGCGGUCCCAGAAGCUGCGACGGCGGCCGGACACCUGCCAUGCAUUCCACCCUGAGGAAAACGCCCAAGACUGUGGUGGCGCUGCUGAGAUCUCCGUCUCACCGACGCUGCUGCUCCUGCCGCUUGUGCUGCUCCUGCGGUGACCCCGCCUGCCACGCACCUUACACGGCACAGACCCGGGGGGACGGAGCUGCCGCCGGCCAGAGCGAUGGGAGGGGAGGAGAUGGGAAUGCAACCCCCUCUGGGACACCCGCUGCGACUCCCUGGUGUGUCCUUCACCGCAAGGUCCAUCACGGUGAGCACGGUGGAAGCUGCUCCCUCCUUGAAAACCUGUCAGCAAAAGGCCGGUGCGAGAACCAGCGGGGUCAGAUCCUGGCACGGCACCUCCCGAGCGGCUCCUCCCAGCCCUCGGGAAGGCCGAGGUCAUCAGCAUGGCCAACAUUUCACCUGACUCCCACGGAGCCACUUGGGGUACAGGGGGCAGAGGGCCCAGAGGGGCAGAUCUGGACUUAGGAGAGCAGGAGGAGCAGUGGACAGUGUCUGCCUGUCCCUCAGUGGGAGCCGCCAGGACUUUGAGCAUCCGGGUCUGGAGCAGCCCAGGCACAGCCCUGCCAGAACAGGGCCCUUAGUGGUUCCCAGCAGAGAGGCAGCAUCUCCUGGUCUUGGGGGUGGUCCUCAGCCGUGACCCUGGGGGUAGGACACAGCGCCUGACCUGAACUGCACCAACUUAACAUGCAGCUGGACAAUGGGAGGUAGCACAGCUUGACUAGUUAGCUACAGCUAUGCCAGCUCUGCCAAGGAGAACCCUCCUAACACUGCUAGAACAGCAUCCAGAUUCUUGUCUAGAUGUGGACUUACCUCUGGGAAAGGGGUUUUGUAUGACCCACCAAAAGAGAAGGUAUGUUUCCUGCUACCUGCUGUCUUCACUGCAGAAGCAGCUACGAAACAGGCACUUUUCCCCUCGGAGCAGCACUGCCCUGCUCACUGCAGCUGCCCUUGGGUGUUCCCUGCUCUGAGCCUGGCAUUCCUGGCUACUGGGCAUGGGCCAUUUCUUACAGAGC